UCGAUACAACUGCUUCAUGAGCUACCGCGCAUGUGUCGGAGCCUCGGGUGUCAGAGGACUAUCACUACUUCUCGCCGGGGGCGCUGUAGUGGUUAGUGCCGCUGGAUGUUAAGGUAAAAGGUCAGCCUGUGUAACGUGUCAGCAGGCUGUCACCACACCGGUGUCACUUCACCCGCCGGCUGUUGUCGCUACAUACGUCGGUAUCCUAGCUGACCUCGACAGUUAUCUCAGAAAAUGGCCAAAAAGCGGAGGGAAAGACGAGAGACGGACGGUUUGUCCUCGGCACAAGAGGAGGUGAAGGCGAAUGCGAGUGACUCACAAGUACUGAAAGAGGCUCAACAUAGUGCAGGGGGCUCAGCUCGCAUGUCUCUCCUGAUUCUGGUUUCUAUCUUCACCUGCUCUGCCUCCGUCAUGUACCUGGUCUACAGGAACUUCCCAGAGCUUCCUGAUGAUGAAAUGGAGAAAAUCAGGAUACCUAAAGACAUGGAUGAUGCCAAAGCUUUGGGAACCGUGUUGUCCAAAUACAAAGACACCUACUACACCGAAGUGUUGGUGGCAUACUUUGCAACAUAUGUUUUCCUCCAGACAUUUGCAAUCCCUGGAUCUAUCUUCCUCAGCAUCCUGUCUGGAUAUCUUUACCCUUUCCCCUUGGCUCUUUUCUUAGUCUGCUUGUGCUCUGGCCUGGGUGCUUCCUUUUGCUAUAUGCUAUCAUAUCUGGUGGGCAGACCGAUGGUCUAUAAAUAUCUCACAGAGAGAGCACAGAAAUGGUCCCAACAGGUUGACAAACACAGAAAUCAUUUAAUCAAUUACAUCAUCUUCCUGAGAAUAACCCCCUUUCUUCCCAACUGGUUCAUCAACAUCACCUCACCUGUCAUCAAUGUGCCUUUGGGGGUUUUCUUCAUCGGUACCUUUCUUGGAGUGGCACCACCCUCCUUUGUAGCGAUCAACGCAGGUACAACACUGUACAAACUGACCACAGCUGGCGAGGCCGUGUCUUGGAACUCCCUGGCUGUACUCGGUGUUCUGGCAGUGCUCUCCAUCUUGCCCGUCUGCUUCCAGAAAAAGCUGCAGCAGAAACUAGAGUAGAACACUGUAAACACCUCAGAACCUCAUCUGCUGACUGAUCCCAACGUCCCCUUCCCCCAGCUCAGGAACAUGCAGCUGUCACUCAAGUUUCUGCUGGGGCUGGUGUGGUGCCAGUGGGAGAAUCUCUGACCACUGGCACAGCAAGCACUCACCGACCUCAGACUGCAUGCAGUGGUGGGUUGUUCCUGAUGUUAACUAAAGUAUAAACUGGCUGCUGCUUGCACAAGUUUUUUUUUGGUUUCUGUGAACUAUGUUGUUGAUUGUGGCACAUAUUGUAAAUAAGAGAAUUUUUUUGUUUAUAUUAAAUCACUUCUCAUUGUUUAAUUCUUACCAGAUAGUUAAAGGUGCUACUUGUAGGAUGCUGGAGUAAAACACAUUAUUCUGAUAGUUGGAUUUAAAAAAAAAAACAAACAAUAAUGCAAGUACCAGUUGUUGUCACCUACUUCUCGUGAGGAAUAUUAUAUUUCUAUUUUCUUGCUUGAAAAUGCUAAAAGUAAUGUCAUCACUAACUUACUGACAGUAGCAUAUCAGUUACCGCAUCAUAUUUGUAGCACCUUUAAGUUCCACUCCCCUUUUUUUGAUAUUUAUUUUAACAUGCUUGUGUCUAAUUUCAACCUAAUGAAGUGUAACACCACAGCAAUAACUGUCACACUAUUGUUGAAAGUGGGUUUUUGUUUUUAAAAAGUCAGUUUUGAUACCUGGUGCUUGCCUUGGUGAACUUAUGCGGCGUGAGGAAAGGAUGGAACUACUGGGAAGUAAAGUGUGAUGAAGAUGCCUGGAUCCACUGCCACAGAAUCCUUUUUAAAUUCUACCCAAUUCUCUUCAUAGUAGCAGCCUAAAGCUUGUUUUUCCUACUGUAACUUGUAAAGAACGGACUAAGCUGAUGUAUUGUUUCCUCACAGGACAUCCAAACUGCAGAAUGCCAAACAAGAAGUUUUGCCCAAUCCAAACUUAUUUUUAAUUAAGAAGUGAGUGUGGAUUGUGUCAUCACAACUGAUUUAUGUGUGGUAAGAUGCGUACAAUCCAGAAAAGUUGGUGAAAAGCCAAACACAACCAUCUUGGUCUGUAAAUCUGAAAAAUCCAGGGUUAGAUGGACUCUCAGGUUUUGCA